AUGAAUUAAGAGAGAUUAUUUAUCUGCUAAUAAAUUUCUCAUGAGAAUCAAAAUAUUUUAGGAUUUUGCUUAAAUUUAGGUUGCAAAGAAUCAAAAUCUUAGUUUUGUCUAGGAUGUUCAUAAGAUCCAAUUAUACACUCUAAUUGUACGAAAGAUCUUAAAGGGUUUGAAUCGAUUGAUAGUUUAUUUACUAAUUGCUAACAAAAUCUUCAUUAAUUAAAUACCUAAUUGGAUUAAUCAUUUAGCAAAGCCAAAACUAAAUAUUUAGAAGAGAAAAAAAAAAUAGAAAAACUGAAUGCAUAAUUAGAAAAGCUAUUAGAAUGUUUGAGAUAAUAGGAUUAUGAAUAUUUAAGAUUAAACUUAUAUUUAAUUAAAUAAUGGUAUCAAUACUUAAAUAAUUAAGAGGAGAUUAUUAAUGAAAAUGAAAUUGGUAUUUCAUAUAUUAUAACAUUUAUAGGAAGUAAAUUAUGUAUUGUAAAAAGCAUGAUUGAAGCUUUAAAAUUAGACUAAUAGUAACUAUCUUCAUAAUCCAUUAUUAUAUAAUAAAUUCAAGAGGAUAAUCUUUAGUAAGGUAUUAAAAUCAUAAUCAAUUAGGAAUACAAUUACUAAAUCUGUAGAAAUGGUAAUAGGCCAAUGAUGCAUUCUCAGAAGUGAUAAAAUAAUCAUCUUUUGCUACUUUCUUUUAAAGUACCUUAAUAUUACAAAAUUAUAUUUUUAGAUAUUUCGUUACAAGAAAUGAAUCAACCAGGCUAAGGAUUCAUAUUAAGAGAAUAGGCUAAAAAAAUGAAUUCUAACUUAUUUAGAGAUUUAUUGAAUUAUUCAGAUUAAGAGUUAAAGAAGAAUCCAAGGAAUACUUUUAUGAUAAUUGCAAAAAGUAAUUGAUAUUGAAUAAAUUCUUAAGGUUAUGCAUUAAAUGAUGAAAAAAAAUACUAACAAGCCAUUGAAUAAUGCUAAAAGGUAUUAAAUGAAAACCCAUAAAAUCUUCAUGCAUUAUAUAGAAAAAGUAAUCAUUUUUUAUAGAAAUUAGGUAUCUCUUUAGAUUUAUUGAAUUAAAUAGCAUAAGCAUAAGAACACAUUGAAAAAGCACUCAAUUACAAAAAAGAUUAUUGUCUUGGUUAAUUUUAGAAAGGUAAUUUAAAUUAUAUAAUUAUAAGGAUAUUUGUUAUAAGGGAAGGGCAAAUAUGGUGAUGCAAUUGAUUUCUUUAAAAAGGCCAUUCAAUUAGAUCCAAAUUUUGCAUAGGCUUAUAAUAAUAUAGGUUUAUCCUCAUUUUGAUAUUAUUAGGUUAUUCAUUAAAUGUUCUUAAAAAAUAUAAAGAUGCAAUUAUUUAGUUUGAUAAGACUAUUGAAAUAAAUCCCAAUUUUGCACCAGCCUUUAAUAAUAAAGGUUUUUCUUAAAUUUCAUUUAAAUAGGUUAUUCAUUAAAUUAACUUAAAGAAUACGACAAAGCUAUCAUUUGCUUUGAAAAAGCUAUUCAAUUAGAUCCUAAUUUUGCAUCAGCCUAUAAUAAUAAAGGUUUAAUUUUAAUUUCAAUUAUAUAGGUAUUUCUUUAGAAUAUCUUAAAAAAUAUGACGAAGCUUUGUAAAAUUACAGCAAAUCAACAGAUAUAGACCCAGCAUAUACUUAAGCUUAUAAGAAUUAAGGUAAUUUCAAAUUUUAUUAAAAGGUUUUUUAUUAAGAGAGAGUAACAAAUAUCAAGAUGCUAUAGAAACCUAUUAGAAAGCACUAAAUAAUUGUAAAGGAAAUGAAGAUGAAUUUAAUAGACUAAUUGCAGAAACCAUAAAUAGUAAUUGAAUAUUUCUAUAAACUAUCC